AUGUUGAGAUCAAAGGAGUGUACGAGUAUCGAUAACCCGGAGUUCAGUCAGACAAUCUGUACAGUCUUGCAGAUCGCUUUGGUGAAUCUGCUUCGUUCUUUCGGAAUUCGGCCUCAUGCCGUCGUCGGUCACUCCUCUGGAGAAAUUGCGUCUGCAUACGCUGCCGGAUUCCUCUCUGCGGAAUCGGCUUACAAGCUGGCCUAUCUGAGAGGACUUUGUUCUGCUGAGGUUGUUGCACGAUCUCGCACAUUGUCCAGCUCCACAGUUCGCGGCGCCAUGAUGUCAGUGGCGUUGGGCAGAGACGAUAUACAAGUUCUGAUUUCCAGCCUCAGUAAUGACAGCAGAGCAUUUGGUUUGACGGUGGCUUGCGAAAAUAGCCCAAGAAACGUGACUGUGGCCGGAGAAGACUCUCUGAUUGAACGACUGAAGGUACUGCUGGACGAGAAGCAUGUCUUUGCUCGCAGGCUGAACGUACCGGUCGCCUAUCACUCACAUCAGAUGGAGGAAUGCGCAGCCAAAUAUGCAUCUAUGGUCGGUGAUUUGCACGGUCCAAUCCAAAGUUUUGGGCAAAAACAAGUUUGUAUGGUUUCGAGCGUUACGGGAUGCUGCGCAGAUGCAUCUGAACUCCUGAGCCCCUCAUACUGGUCCCAGAACAUGGUGGCACCUGUGCAAUUUUCUCAAGCACUUUCUGCUAUCUGUUCCAAAUCACCCUCGGAAAAUGGUGUCGGUGUAUACGAUGGUGCUCCAGCCGUCAACCUUCUCAUCGAACUUGGGCCACAUUCAACGCUCCAAGUACCGAUUCGUGAGAUCCUUGCAGAUCGGGACGAAAAUGAGAGCAUAACCUAUAGCUCCAUACUCAAAAGGGGGCAAUCAGCGCAUGCAACAACAUUGCAAUUAGUCGGGCAGCUGUUUUGCAGAGGAGUGGGGGUCGACCUAGUGAAGGUCAAUGAGUUCGCCAAAGCUCCAGCAGCGCCCGCGGGGCCCGGUCCCAACUUGCUAGUCGACUUGCCUGAGUAUCCAUUCAACCAUGCAAAGGGUUACUGGCACGAAUCCCGCAUCAGUCGAAAUUUUCGAUUGAGACAGAAAACUCCAUCUGAAUUCCUGGGCGUCCGAUCCGACCAUUGGAGCCGUGCUGAGCCAAGAUGGCGCCAAUUCAUCAGGACGAGCGAAAUUCCCUGGGUUCUUGACCAUGUUAUUGAUGGCAAUGUCUUAUAUCCAGCGGCUGGAAUGCUCGUGAUGGCUAUUGAAGCUAUCAGAGAGAUGACAGAAGGUGUCAACCACGUUGAAGGCUAUUCGAUCCAGGACGUUGACCUUCUCAGCGCAAUGGACUUAACCGCCAACAAAGGGUGUAUAGAGGUUGAAACAACACUCCGAGCAAGGCACGAUCCCCACGGUUCGAGUUCGUUGCACUGUUAUGAUUUCUCAAUCAAGUCAUUCAACGCUUUGAAGAACGAUUGGACUUUGAACUGCCGUGGCAUCGUCGCAGCAGAG